ACUCUAUAUCUUAUCAUGUUUCACUACUGCAUAUUUAUCUUUAUACUGUUUCAAUCAUGUUUCUAUACCAUUCAUACAUGUAUCAUACAAUUACUUUAUAUUUUAUCAUGUUUCACUACUGCAAAUUCAUCGUUAUACUGUUUUAAUCAUAUUUCUAUACAAUUACUCUAUAUUUUAUCAUGUUUCACUACUGCAUAUUUGUCUGUAUAUUGUUUCAAUCAUGUUUCUACACCGUUCGUAAAUAUAUCAUGCAAUUACUUUAUAUUUUAUCAUGUUUCACUACUGCAUAUUUAUCUUUAUACUGUUUUAAUAUUUCUAUACAAUUACUCUAUAUUUUAUCAUGUUUCACUACUGCAUAUUUAUCUUUAUACUGUUUUAAUCAUAUUUCUAUACAAUUACUCUAUAUUUUAUCAUGUUUCACUACUGCAUAUUUGUCUGUAUAUUGUUUCAAUCAUGUUUCUACACCGUUCGUAA